AUGAGUGACGGAGCCAAAAGAAAUGUUUCUGCUUCAGACGUUCAACUGGAUCGCAGCACCAUCAUCGGUAGAGGAAGAAGCGCAAUCAUCUUUGCCGGAACUUUUGGCAAUAUUCAAGUCGCCAUUAAACGAGUCAUGUCUACGGACUUGCAUCCACAGUGGGAAAAUCAGCCUGUUGACGCUUGUUUCAAUAAGAUAACGGCCCUGCAACACCCCAACGUUUUGAAGAUUACUGGUAUCUAUGACGACGAACACUUUCGGUAUCACAUCAUGGAGCACUGCGCCGCCAGCCUUUUCGAUUACUGUUGCAACACGUACAAAGGAGAAGUUCCCAGUCAGUCGGACGGACUUUACCAGAUGGUCAGCGGAUUGCAUUACAUCCAUUCGCAGGGAUUCAUUCACCGGAACAUCAAACCGGAGAACGUUCUCAUCUCACAGUCGAUCCAUUUGAAAAUAUCGGAUUUCGGACUGACUGCUCCGAUUUCCGCCCGGGCUAGUUUUUCAAUGAGCAGCAGCACCAGGACAUCUCCCAACAUGCAGGCGCCUGAAAUUAUUCAAAGUGACGAAGAUUAUUCCAGUGUGGAAGAGAGCGAAGCCAAACAUAACGUGGCCAGCGAUACCUUUUCACUGGGAUGCGUUUUGUUCACUUUUCUGACUAAAGGAGGUCACCCGUUUCUCAGCGGAGGAUCUCGCCAUUUUAUCGCCAUCAACAUCAUCGAAGGGAAAUAUGGUUUCUCUGGUUUAGAUGAACAGCAUUUUGCUAUACCCAUCAUCGAGAAAAUGAUCAACAAAAUCCCGGAAGAACGAAUUCAACUAGAUCAAGUUUUAAAGACGUUAAAACCACACAUUAGUAGUGACUAA